UCGGGGCUCGCUUUGUGGCCGCUGUCCCCUUGCAGGCGCCCAGCGCCCCUCGCCCCAGCUCAGAGGGAGGGGGCGCGCUCCCAAAUUCCCCGCCGCUCUCCCCUAGAGCCCCGGGGAAGAAUGUGCCACCAGCUGUUCUCCGCUCGCGCGCGCUGCGCCCAGAAGUGAAGAACUUGGAGGAAGAGGAGACAAAGGCUGCGUUUGGGACGCCGAAGUUAGAGAAUUGGCUUUGGGCGAACAAAAGGUGCGAAAGACGAGAAGGGGAUAAGGCGAUGGCAGCGGGGGAGCCCCGAGGGCUCGAGUUCCUGGGAGUCGCGCCGUGACACGCAUGGUUUCCCCGGACCUUCUGCUGGGCUGACUUCCGCGAGCUGGACGCCCGACUCGGGCGAGUGGGGAAACGCGCUGGAACAAUGGACAACUUCUUCCCCGAGGGAACACGGGUCUGGCUGAGAGAAAAUGGCCAACAUUUUCCAAGUACUGUAAAUUCCUGUGCAGAGGGUGUCGUCGUCUUCCAGACAGACUAUGGUCAGGUAUUCACGUACAAGCAGAGCACAAUUACACACCAGAAGGUGACCGCUAUGCACCCCUCGAAGGAGGAGGGCGUGGAGGACAUGGCCACCCUGACAGAACUGCAUGGGGGCUCUAUCAUGCACAACUUACACCAGCGAUAUAAGAGAGACCAGAUUUACACCUACAUCGGCUCCAUCAUCGCCUCGGUGAACCCCUACAAGCCCAUCCCCGGCCUGUACGAGCGCGCGACCAUGGAGCGCUACAGCAAGUGCCACCUGGGGGAGCUGCCCCCCCACGUCUUCGCCGUGGCCAACGAGUGCUACCGCUGCCUGUGGAAGCGCCACGACAACCAGUGCAUCCUGAUCAGCGGUGAAAGCGGGGCAGGUAAAACUGAAAGCACCAAGUUGAUCCUCAAGUUUUUAUCUGUCAUCAGCCAACAGUCUUUGGAACUCUCUUUGAAGGAGAAGACAUCCUGUGUUGAGCAAGCCAUUCUUGAAAGCAGCCCCAUCAUGGAAGCUUUUGGCAACGCCAAGACCGUCUACAACAACAACUCCAGUCGCUUCGGGAAGUUUGUUCAGCUGAGCAUCUGCCAGAAGGGCAACAUUCAGGGCGGGAGGAUUGUAGAUUAUUUAUUAGAAAAAAACCGAGUAGUGAGGCAGAAUCCUGGGGAGAGGAAUUACCACAUAUUCUAUGCACUGCUGGCAGGGCUGGAGCGGGAGCAGAGAGAAGAAUUUUAUUUAUCUGCGCCAGAAAACUACCACUACUUGAAUCAAUCCAGAUGUGUAGAAGACAAGACAAUCAGUGAUCAGGAGUCCUUUAGGGAAGUUAUUACGGCGAUGGGGGUGAUGCAGUUCAGCAAGGAGGAGGUGCGGGAGGUGUUGAGGUUGCUGGCUGGCAUCUUGCAUCUGGGGAACAUCGAGUUUAUCACUGCCGGCGGGGCGCAGGUUUCCUUCAAAACGGCCUUGGGCAGGUCUGCAGAGUUACUUGGGCUGGACCCGACACAGCUCACGGACGCCCUGACCCAGAGAUCAAUGUUCCUCAGGGGGGAAGAGAUCCUCACGCCUCUCAAUGUUCAGCAGGCAGUAGACAGCAGAGACUCCCUGGCCAUGGCACUUUAUGCACGCUGCUUCGCGUGGGUGAUCAAGAAGAUCAACAGCAGGAUCAAAGGCAAAGACGACUUUAAAUCUAUUGGCAUUCUUGACAUCUUCGGAUUUGAAAACUUUGAGGUUAAUCACUUUGAACAGUUCAAUAUAAACUAUGCAAAUGAGAAACUUCAGGAAUAUUUCAACAAGCAUAUUUUUUCUUUAGAACAACUAGAAUAUAGCAGGGAAGGAUUAGUGUGGGAAGAUAUUGACUGGAUAGACAAUGGCGAGUGCCUGGACUUGAUCGAGAAGAAACUUGGUCUCCUGGCCCUUAUCAAUGAAGAAAGCCAUUUCCCUCAAGCCACGGACAGCACCUUAUUGGAGAAAUUACACAAUCAACACGCUAAUAACCACUUUUACGUGAAGCCCAGAGUUGCAGUCAACAAUUUUGGAGUGAAACACUACGCUGGAGAGGUUCAGUAUGAUGUCCGGGGCAUCUUGGAGAAGAACAGGGAUACCUUUAGAGAUGAUCUUCUGAACUUGCUAAGGGAAAGCCGAUUUGACUUCAUCUAUGACCUAUUUGAACACGUUUCAAGCCGCAAUAACCAGGACACCUUGAAAUGUGGAAGCAAACACCGGCGGCCCACGGUCAGCUCACAGUUCAAGGACUCACUGCAUUCCUUAAUGGCAACGCUAAGCUCCUCUAAUCCUUUCUUUGUUCGCUGUGUCAAGCCAAACAUGCAGAAGAUGCCAGACCAGUUUGACCAGGCGGUGGUGCUAAACCAGCUGCGGUACUCGGGGAUGCUGGAGACGGUGAGGAUCCGCAAGGCUGGGUAUGCUGUCCGAAGACCCUUUCAGGAUUUUUACAAAAGGUAUAAAGUGCUGAUGCGGAACGCGGCUGUGCCUGAGGACGACCGGGGGAAGUGCAUGGCCUUGCUGCAGCUCUACGACUCCUGCCACAGCGAGUGGCAGCUGGGGAAGACGAAGGUCUUCCUUCGAGAAUCCUUGGAGCAGAAACUGGAGAAGCUGCGGGAGGAGGAAGUUACCCGGGCGGCCAUGGUGAUCCGGGCCCACGUCAUGGGCUACUUGGCACGAAAGCAGUACAGGAAGGUCCUUUCUUGCGUGGUGAUGAUACAGAAGAAUUACAGAGCAUUCCUUCUGAGGAGGCGAUUUCUGCUGCUGAGAAAAGCAGCCAUCGUUUUCCAGAAGCAACUCAGAGGCCAGAAGGCUCGGCGAGUUUACAGGCAGCUGCUGGCCGAGAAGCGGGAGGAGGAAGCAAAGAGGAGACGGGAGCAAGAGGAACAGAGGAGGCGGGAGCAAGAGGAACAGAGGAGGCGGGAGCAAGAGGAAAGAGAAAGAGAGAAGGCACGAAGAGAAGCUGAGCUCCGCACCCAGCAGGAGGCCGCCGAGCGCCAGCGGCAGGAGCUGGACGCCGCGCGGAGGAGCCAGCGGGAGGCCGAGCUCAGCCGGGACCUGGAGAAGCAGAAGGAAAACAAGCAGGUGGAGGAGAUCCUCCGCCUGGAGAAGGAGAUCGAGGACCUGCAGCGCAUGAAGGAGCGGCAGGAGCUGUCGCUGACGCAGGCCUCGCUGCAGAAGCUGCAGCAGCUGCGCGACGAGGAGCUGCGGCGGCUGGAGGACGAGGCGUGCCGGGCGGCGCAGGACUUCCUCGCCGCGCUCAACUUCCACGAGAUCGACGAGUGCGUGCGCGACAUCGAGCGCUCGCUGGGCGCGGGCGCGGGCGCGGGCGGCCCUGCGGAGGGCGGCGCCAAGCCCACCUUCAACUUCAGCCAGCCCUACCCCGAGGAGGAGGUCGACGAGGGCUUCGAGGCCGACGACGACGCCUUCAAGGACUCGCCCAACAACCCCGGGGGCCUCCCCUCGCCCGAGGGCGACUACGACUACGACCAGGACGACUACGAGGACGGCGCCAUCACCUCGGGCAGCAGCGUCACCUUCUCCAACUCCUGCAGCAGCCAGUGGUCCCCAGACUACCGGUGCUCCGUGGGGACCUACAACAGCUCCGGGGCCUACCGCUUUAGCUCUGAGGGGGCGCAGUCCUCGUUUGAAGAUAGUGAAGAGGACUUUGACUCGAGGUUCGAUACGGACGAUGAACUUUCUUACCGGCGGGACUCUGUGUACAGCUGUGUCACGCUGCCUUACUUCCACAGCUUUCUGUACAUGAAAGGUGGCUUGAUGAACUCCUGGAAACGCCGCUGGUGCGUCCUCAAGGACGAGACCUUCCUGUGGUUCCGCUCCAAGCAGGAGGCCCUCAAGCAAGGCUGGCUCCACAAGAAAGGCGGCGGCUCCUCCACGCUGUCCAGGAGGAACUGGAAGAGGCGCUGGUUCGUCCUGCGCCAGUCCAAGCUGAUGUACUUCGAGAACGACAGCGAGGAGAAGCUCAAGGGCACCGUGGAAGUCCGGACGGCAAAAGAGAUCAUAGAUAACACCAGCAAAGAGAACGGGAUCGAUAUCAUCAUGGCCGAUAGGACCUUCCACCUGAUCGCCGAAUCCCCAGAAGACGCCAGCCAGUGGUUCAGCGUGCUGAGUCAGGUCCACGCGUCCACGGACCAGGAGAUUCGGGAGAUGCACGACGAGCAGGCAAACCCCCAAAAUGCCGUGGGCACUUUGGACGUGGGGCUGAUUGAUUCCGUCUGCGCCUCCGACAGCCCCGACAGGCCGAAUUCGUUUGUGAUCAUCACGGCCAACCGGGUCCUGCACUGCAACGCGGACACGCCAGAGGAGAUGCAUCACUGGAUAACACUGCUGCAGAGAUCCAAGGGCGACACCAGGGUAGAGGGCCAGGAGUUCAUCGUGAGAGGGUGGUUGCACAAAGAAGUCAAGAACAGCCCGAAGAUGUCCUCGCUGAAACUGAAGAAGCGGUGGUUUGUGCUCACUCACAACUCCUUGGAUUACUACAAGAGCUCGGAGAAGAACGCCCUGAAACUGGGCACCCUGGUCCUCAAUAGCCUCUGCUCGGUCGUCCCUCCAGAUGAGAAGGUUUUCAAAGAGACGGGCUACUGGAACGUCACCGUGUACGGGCGCAAGCACUGCUAUCGGCUCUACACCAAGCUGCUCAACGAGGCCACCAGGUGGUCCAGCGCCAUUCAAAACGUGACCGACACCAAGGCCCCCAUCGACACCCCCACCCAGCAGCUGAUUCAGGACAUCAAGGAGAACUGCCUGAACUCGGAUGUGGUGGAGCAGAUUUACAAGCGGAACCCCAUCCUCCGCCAUACCCACCACCCCCUGCACUCCCCACUCCUGCCCCUGCCCUACGGAGACAUCAAUCUCAACCUGCUCAGGGACAAAGGCUACACCACCCUGCAGGAUGAAGCCAUCAAGAUCUUCAAUUCCCUGCAGCAGCUGGAAUCCAUGUCUGAUCCCAUCCCCAUCAUCCAGGGCAUCCUCCAGACCGGGCAUGACCUGCGCCCCCUGCGAGACGAGCUGUACUGCCAGCUCAUCAAGCAGACCAACAAGGUGCCGCACCCGGGCAGUGCCGGCAACCUGUGCAGCUGGCAGAUCCUCACCUGCUUGAGCUGCACCUUCCUGCCGAGUCGGGGGAUUCUCAAGUACCUCAAGUUCCACCUCAAAAGGAUACGGGAACAGUUUCCAGGAACUGAGAUGGAAAAAUACGCCCUCUUCGUUUACGAAUCUCUUAAGAAAACCAAAUGCAGAGAGUUUGUGCCUUCCCGAGAUGAAAUAGAAGCUCUGAUCCACAGGCAGGAAAUGACAUCCAUGGUGUACUGCCACGGUGGGGGCUCCUGCAAGAUCACCAUCAACUCCCACACCACAGCCGGGGAGGUGGUGGAGAAGCUGAUCAGAGGCCUGGCCAUGGAGGACAGCAGGAACAUGUUUGCCCUGUUUGAGUCCAACGGCCACGUCGACAAAGCCAUUGAAAGCCGGACCAUCGUAGCCGAUGUGCUAGCAAAGUUUGAAAAGCUGGCUGCCACGUCCGAAGUGGGCGAUCUGCCCUGGAAAUUCUACUUCAAGCUGUACUGCUUCCUGGACACAGACAAUGUGCCAAAAGACAGCGUGGAAUUUGCAUUUAUGUUUGAACAGGCCCACGAAGCCGUUAUCCACGGCCACUACCCGGCCCCUGAAGAAAACCUGCAGGUUCUCGCAGCCCUGCGGCUGCAGUACCUGCAGGGGGACUAUUCACUGCACACCACCAUCCCGCCUCUCGAAGAGGUUUACUCCCUGCAGAGACUCAAGGCCCGCAUCAGCCAGUCCACCAAAAGCUUCACCCCGAGUGAGCGGCAGAGGCGGACGAGCUUCCUGGAGGGGACGCUGAGGCGCAGCUUCCGCACGGGCUCCGUGGUCCGGCAAAAGGCCGAGGAAGAGCAGAUGCUGGACAUGUGGGUCAAGGAAGAAGUCUCCUCGGCUCGAGCCAGCAUCAUCGACAAAUGGAAGAAAUUUCAGGGAAUGAGCCAGGAGCAGGCCAUGGCCAAGUACAUGGCUGUGAUCAAGGAGUGGCCUGGUUAUGGGUCCACGCUCUUUGAUGUGGAGUGCAAGGAAGGCGGCUUCCCCCAGGAGCUCUGGUUGGGCGUCAGCGCAGAUGCCGUCUCCGUCUACAAGCGCGGGGAGGGGAGACCGUUGGAAGUCUUCCAGUAUGAACACAUCCUCUCUUUUGGGGCUCCCCUGGCAAACACGUACAAGAUUGUGGUGGAUGAGAGGGAGCUGCUCUUUGAAACCAGUGAGGUGGUGGGCGUGGCCAAGCUCAUGAAGGCCUACAUCAGCAUGAUCGUGAAGAAGCGCUACAGCACCUCGCGCUCCGUGGGCAGCCAGGGCAGCUCCAGGUGAACGCGGGCGUGAGGCCCCGUGUCCCAGCACGUCCCCCCGGCCUCGGCCGGCGCCUCUGCCCGGGCUCCCCGGCAGCCUCCGGAAGGGAGGUGUCUCCGAGGGACCUUUCGCCCUGUCCACUUCAGUGAUCGUGUAUUAAGCUGUCAACCUUAACCCAGUUUCCAAAGCUUUACAACUCUUAGGUGACACAUGCCUUAAAACGAGAGAGAGGGAGAAACCCCAUGCUGCCGCCAAAGCAGCCAGAAGUGCCUUAACUUGUGGAAGCGACACUAAUGGACCUUCACUGUGCUACUGAAGGGAAUGCUUCCUCCGCCUUGUUGGGCAGACUGACAGAGCCUGGAAGGGGGUGGCAUUGACCCAUCAACUAUGCACUAACCUCCCAGCCUGAUUUCCCGACUUUGCGGGAAGGUGAGGGAGUGGGGAGGGGGACAGGGAGCGCAAGGGGACAGUGUAUUUUAGUUGGAGUGCUGCUGGCAGCCUUCCUCGCGGACACCUAUUAACUUUUUUUCUUCGUUUCAUCUUUUAAGUAUCUGUGCUUGCCUGUGCAUGCCUGUGCUCAUAAACACACCACUUUAGUCAUUGUUUCAAGCGUGUUAAAAGCAAAGGGAAAAAGGAAGUGCAAUGGUGUAAACAGUCUGUCUGUAUAUUUCAGUAGCUCAGAGUUAUAGUCUCCAAUGGUUACUUUAUAAGGUGGUGAUAUUCACAGACGGAAUCCUGAAUUUUCCUGUCUUUGCUGUAUUUCGAAAGCCACGUUUGGACUCAGUUUUGUUAUACAUGUAGCAAAGUCUGCAUUCUGUGUCUGCUGUAUUAUAAACAGAUAUGCAGCCUGCAAAUAACUGUAUUUAUAAACCACUCUUAAACAGCUGGCUCCAGGGCUGUUUCUAGAAUGAUAUGAAGUCAUUUUGGAGUCUCUAGUUUCUAAAAGUUUUAAGUUAAGAAAAUGUUUCUUUGAAGAUUAGCUUGUGUGGCCCCAGGUAGAUUACAGUAUAACCAUAUUGAAUAUGGGAGAAGGGCUAUCUCCCCAAAGGUGAAACACAUGUGAGAAUCUUUAAAGGACCCCGACGCUAAAUGCUGAGGCUUUAAUAAAAUACAGAUUUUAUCCCAGGUUUAUAAUGGUGCUCUGAAAAAGGCGCCUGUACAUAAAUCAGCAUUUAUGACCAGAAGAAAAAUAUUCUGGUCUUGGACUUUUAUUUUCAUAUGGAAAAGUUGUAAAGGCUUAGGCCAACUAAGUCUACCCACAAAGAAAAAAAAUGCCUUAUCCCUUAUGGACAGCCAUGUGAAAUUGAAAUCAUUGUUUGUUGGCUCCAAGAAAGUCUGACAAUAAAAGAUAUUAGCUAAUG